AUGAGUAAAAGUCAUUUUCCUGGAAGAGUAUUCAUGCAACCACAUUUUUAUCCUGCAAAUUUGAAAAGACAAUCUGUAAGUGAAGGAGACUUAGCUGCAGGUCUGCAUGACUCUGAAGAGUCUGACUGUGAAAGCCUUGCUCAAGAGAGACAAUACCAGUUAGAACUCCAACAGAGGAUUCGUGAAAAUGAAGAACUGGUAGGACUGUCUUCAGAUGAGUUGGAGAAUGACAGCUUAGAAGAAGAUAGCUUGGAGGGGACGACUUUAGAAGAGCAAGAAGGAGCUAAGUGUGACACAGAUCGAUAUACAACUGGAAUGCAAAAGAAUGGUAGUAAUGGAAGGAAACAACAGUCUCUGGACAAAUAUUUCAACCUGAGAUAUGAUCCUAAUUGGAAAAACAUAAAAGAUGUAGCAGAAUUUUCUGAAGCAAAAAAAGCAAAUCAGGUUCCUGGAAGAAGCAGCAUGGAAUUUUCACAAGAUUCAUUUUACCUUCUUUCCAAUAGUUGCCCAAAAGAAAAGAAUCAGGAGAUAGCAAAAUCACGAGAUACAUUCUCCGCGUUUGAUACAGAAGUAUUAAACUUUCAUGAACCAAAUGCCAUGGUCAGCAAUGAUCCUUUUAGGUUAUAUGUUAAAGGGAAGGAAGCUGAAGAGGACUAUCAUUUCCAAGACAGUCCAAGUACAUACAGCAGUGCUUUUUCUCUUCACAUUCAAGAUCGACCAGAAAGAACGAAAAAAGACUUUGUAGCAAAAAAUAUACAGACUUUAGGAUUAGGUACACAUGCAAAAAAUUCCUAUCUUCAGCUACACAGUAAAAAGCAAGUGGCGGUUCUUCAAGAACAGGUUGCAGAUACUAAAGCUGUUGAUGAAGAACCAGUUCAGAAUGUCCUGCCAUUUCAGAACAUGAAAAUGGAUCCUGAAGACAAAUGGCCUUCCCACUCUUCUACUUGUAGUUCACCAGCAGCUCCUUGUCCAGCUUCCCAACUUACAAAAAUUAUGGAGCAACACCAUCAAGAAAUCACUCAUUUUACAGAAGCACACUUAACUGACAGGCACUUGUUCAACCUACUUCCACCUGUAAUCACACAACUGGAGAGCGACUCAGAGCUAAAUACAGAGAGAGAUGGAGGAAGUCGAGUGAAAAUAAGCCGAAGCAACUCAGAAGGAUAUCUAAUGGAAGUGGAAAAGCAGAAACAGCUUAAAGUAAACAAGAAGCCAUAUAGUUCAAAAGCCUACAUGAAUCUGAAUGUGCGACUUGGAGGACUUGGACCUGACUAUGAAGCAAUCAAAGAGAAAAAAGAGAAGUUAAAGCAACAAAAAGAAUAUGCAAAACAAAUUAAGGAACACAACAUGAAAAACACUGCUUCUGUUCAAAGGUUGCCUACAAAACCCAAGGUUACAUGCUCAGUAUCAAGACAGAAGGCUCUGGAAUAUGCUAAGAAGAUUCCUAGACCAAAAACUUUUGAAAAAAGACAACCAGAUGAAGAGGUGAAAGACGAGAGAGUUCUGUCACAGAUUUUAAGAAGAGACCAUUUACCUCAAAUUGCAUCCCUGGAAACUUUGCAAGACAGACAUGAGAAGGAGAAGCAAGUUGUAGCUGCUUUCAGAACCCUUCAUAUCUUAUAAGUAAUUUGAAAUGAUUAAGGAUAUUUUCGAGACAGAAAUUAUCUGAACUGUUUAAUUAUGAGCUAUUGCUACCAGAUGUUAAGCUACCAUCCCACAUAAAUAUAAAGUGGGCUGUGUUUUAAUCAUUUUUAAGUUUUAGAAUCAGUUCUAGUAUACCUAAUUUUUAAAAAUGUAAACAGU